UAUGAGAAAUCAACACAGUCACACUUUCUUUCUCUCAGCUCAACACUCACACUUUUGUACGUCCACUCAAAAUCAUAUUUAGUAGAAACAAACACGAAUCUCCUUCCUUAGUGUUUUUUCCAUCUGCAAUUUUAUUUUACAAUACAACCAAGAAAAAUAAAAUGGACAAGAACAAAGUUGCCAUUAAUCUCAAACACCUUCCUCCAAUCGACCCCAACUCCUCCUUCAAGGGUAAGCCAAACAAUUCUAAAAUGGCAAAGCCCAAAUCCAAUCAGCGAAUGAAGUUGGUUGAUUCUGUUGAAAGCAUUGUUCAAAAUCCAACUUUGAAAGACAUUGUUGUUGCUGUUGAAGACAAAUCUAAAAAGACUGAGACUUUAGGGAACACUCCUACUCCAGAUGAAGAAGAUAUGAAGAAAGGUUGUGGUAGGUCAAAGUUGUAUGAGAUCUGUGCUGCUAAGCAUUUGAAGCCUCCUGUAUUUGAAUGUUGUAAAGAGGAAGGACCAUCUCAUCUCAGAAUGUUCACCUUCAAGGUUACUAUGGAUAUAGAGAAAGGCGAAGCAUCUAAAAACAUUAUAGAGGUCUAUGGUGCUCCUCAUCAAAAAAAGAAAAUGGCAGCAGACGACGCAGCUGAGGGUGCAUUGUGGUACUUAAAGCAUAUAGGUUUUGUUACGAAGAAGAAAUAAAUAAAUUACAAAUUACUAUUACAGUUUUUUAUAUAACCAAAAAGGUACAUACGUUGGACUAAAUAAUAUACCUUUUUGCUUAUAUAAAAAACCCGAGGAAGUAUCGUAUAUCAUCAACAGCCAAGGCCACCACUGCCACAAAGUUAUUUCAUUCUUCGGUGAUGCUCUCUAGACUCGGUUGCCAGUACUCAGAAGACCAUGCUCUCUUAGGAGACCCUCUUUUUGCUGCCAAAUCUGUUUUCCUCUUCCUGUUUAGUGUACUGCUAUCCCGACGGUUGGUGUGUUUCUAGUCUCAUCAAGUAAAGAACCGAUUGUAAUUUCACGAGCAGGAGAAGGAGAGUUCCUCGGAGAAAGACCUUGAAGCUUUCUUAUUGUGCUUAUCGGUACUAUAUAGAACUUUUGUCCGAGCAUGAGCAUGGUGUCUGGUUCAACAAUUGCCCAUGGUUGUUGGAAUAUGAACGGAUGCGCAACACAGCAUCUCGGGUUGCGGCACAUAAUCUCAGCUGCAGUCACAGGUCUGUCAUGGAGCUCAACCCGACCGCCAGGAUAGACAAUUCGGAGAAGCAUGGUCUUUGAAUUAUUAGUACAAAUCCAGCUUGAGGAUGGCAUGGCUUCUCUGAGGAAGAGGUUAAAGUGGGAGCAAGCUUCUUAACCUCAUUGGGAAGAUUUGAAGAAUAUAAGUAGCUCAUCAAGCUCAACCGAAUAAAACAAAAUUAUAAGAUAUGUGGUUUACUUUGUCAUCAUAAAAUAUACUCUUCUUGGUCUUGGCUGUUACUGAUAUCAUUCAUUGAUAAUAUCGUAACAUUUGUUUCACAUGGUGGCAUAGUAGAUAGGAUUUGUUUGCAUGUUUUUCUCUUGUUUUCAUUUACUGUUAUGCAUUUGUCUCUUAAGCAUUUUUUUCACCGUAUGUAAAAGUUUCAUACUAGAUGCCCCUCUCCUUUGUUCAAA